UUUCUUCUUCAACUGUUAUAAAAUUCGGGAAAAUUUGCAUCGUCUUAUCAAGUUGCUCUUUCCAAUUAUUCGAAUUGAUAUUCAAUUUAUUAAGUAGAAUUUUUGAUUGCGAAUAGGAUUUUAUAUUAAUGCUUAAUAUAUUUCAAGGUUAGAAAUCUGGUACGAAUGUUAAUAUAUAGAAAUAGUAAUAAUAUUUUAUAUUAUGAUUUCAACGAAGAUUAAAGAUGUGUUAGCUACGACUGCUUCGAUUUGUACAAUUUUGCAAUUUCUAGCUGGCAUACUGGUAUGCAGAAAAAUCAUUAAAAAUGGCAGCACAGGAAAUAGUUCAGCUUUGGCAUUUGUAACAUGUUAUACAUCAUGUGUUUUAUGGAUGAGAUAUGGUAUGCUUAUUGAAGAUCAAUUUAUAUUGUUAGUGAAUAUUUUUGGCAUAAUACUUCAAGCAUCUUAUCUUUAUGUGUUUAUUUUAUAUAGUGUAAAAAAAUUUAAAAUAAUAAGACAAAUAAUUGCAGCAACAUGUUUUCUUGGAACUGUAUAUUUUUAUAGUUUUUAUGAGCAAGAUAGAGUAUUAGCUGCAAAAUAUGUUGGUUUUCUUAGUUGUACAAUAACAGUAUUAUUUUUUGCAUCUCCAUUAAUGAUGCUGGCACAUGUAAUAAAAGUUAAAAAUACUGAAACUUUACCUUUUCCUAUUAUCAUGGCUUCUUUUAUAGUUUCUUCUCAAUGGUUUGUGUAUGGUUGCCUUCUUAAUGAUCUUUUCAUACAAAUACCAAAUUUUUUAGGUUGCAUAUUAUCUGCAUUUCAACUUUGUUUCUUUUUAAUUUAUCGUAAUGAUCAUUUCAAUAAUGCUUAUUUAAUAUAAUAUUGAAAUACAUUUUAUGAAUUAUGAGUUUUGGACAAAAAAUAUAUAUUUUUUAAUGUAUUGAUAUUUAUAACUUAAAUGUACAAUUUAAAUGUAUUUUUAAGAGAAAUAUAUUUUUUGAACAAU